UGGCCCUGACAGCCGUCCUCCCAUGGGCUUAUCUGCUGGGGCCACCGUAUUUCUCCCCAGUCUUCAGUAUGUUCACACCAUGGGCCACACCUUAGGAAACCCUUAUUUUUUCUGUUGCAACUGCCAAAAGGCAUAGUUGGUUACUUUUGCAAAAAAUAAUAAGAGGAUUCUACUGACACUGGGGGACUUGGCUGCUUAUAACAGAUUUCUAAGCUCCCCACUCAUAUUACUGCCUGUGUUCUUGUGGUUCCUUGAGAUUAUGCCCCUCCUGGAGUUUUUGGAGCAUUCAAUCAAUUCCUUCAGUGUCACCAAAAUUUCCCUGGGAAGCCUGCAGCUGGAUUUGAGCUGGGUGACUUUUCCAUUGCUCCUAUUGAUCUUCUGGUUGUGGUUUUCUCCCCCACCAACUCAGAAGCCCUGGACUGUGAUGACAAAGAUGCAUUUUCAAGAUGCCUUGCUGCCUUGCUGCCUCAUCCUUGUUUUGCUACAGCCACUACUCAGCAGCAAAUGCAGAUAUGGAAAAGCUGAUUUUUGUGUCUUUGUGCCUAAUGACACCAUUCUGGCCAUCGUGGGGAAAGACACAGAGUUACCCUGUCACCUGGAUCCCAAUAUCAGUGUUGAGGACAUGGAGUUGAGAUGGUACAGGGCCCACCCCUCUCCCGCCGUGUACGUGUAUGAGAAGGGGAAAGAUAUGUAUCAAGAGCAGAUGAAAGAGUACCAGGGAAGAACAACUUUUUUGAGAGAUGGCAUUGACAAGGGCAUAGCAGCAGUGAGGAUACACAAUGUCACCACUUUUGAUAAUGGGACAUACCACUGCCGUUUCAAAGACGGUAACGCUUCUUCAGAAGCCACUCUGUGGCUGACGGUGGCAGGAGUGGGUGAAAAGCCCAGAAUCAGUUUGAGAGAUCACAAGGACGAUGGCCUCCAGGCAGAGUGCACCUCAGCUGGCUGGUUCCCUGAGCCCGAGGUGCAGUGGAUGGAUUUCAGGGGAAAUUCAAUACCUUCUGAGACCAAUAUCUCAGCAUCAGCUACCAGUGGGCUCUUCACUGUGGCAUCCGGUGUGACUGUCAGGGACAGGGCUGUGGGGGCCCUAAGUUGCUCCAUUGCCAGCCCCCUCCACCCUGAGAGGAAGACGGCUAGCAUUCACCUACCAGAUUCCUCCUCCAGCAGGUUGUCAUUUGCAGCUUGGAGUAUAGUAUUGCUUCUGAUCUUUGUUGCACCGGGACUUAUAAUAGCUGGAGCCAUCUGUGUUUUCCGGAAACGGCAACAGGAUGAAAAUAGAAGACUGUGGGAACAAGUGAGCGAGCAGAGCAGACAACGAGCCAGCAGUGCCAAUGGCUCCAGGGAGAGCAGUUUAAUUUAUGUGAGCCCAUCCCUGGAUCCAGACACUGCUAAUACCAAACUCUUCCUGAGUGAGAACCGGAAAAGCGUGGAACGGCUAUACUUUGAACAGGACUUGCCUGACACCCCUGAGAGGUUUGACCAGGACCCCUGCGUUCUAGGCAGGGAGCAAUUCACCUCUGGGAAGUUUUACUGGGAAGUCGAGGUGGGAAAGAGGAAGGCUUGGAAUCUGGGUGUUUGUCUGGAAAGUUUAGAUCGGAAAGGAAGAAUUCCCAAGUCACCAGCGCAUGGUGUCUGGGCCAUAGAGUUUUACAAGGAGAAAUACCGGGCUCUCACCUAUCCUAGGAAACGCCUGCAUCUUUCUGAGCCCCCACACGUGGUGGGCAUUUUGCUGGACUGUGAUGCCAGAAAUCUCACCUUUUAUAACAAGACUGACAGAUCCCACCUCUACUCAUUCUCUGAAAUCUCUUUCUCAGGCCCCUUGCGGCCGUUCUUCUGUCUCUGGACUCUCGACGUCCGUCCCCUGAUCAUCUGCUCAGUGUUUAGACAGCUAGGGGAAGUGACCAGCCCCCUGGAAGGCUCUGAACUUACCCCUGGGCUCCCAGGGACCCCCAUUAGGGAAAAGGCAACAACAUUCUCGAGGGACGGGGACUCUCCUCAGACACGGCCCAUGUCCUUCUCACCCAAGGCCAGCCCUGCUCUCUGAGAGAAACAUCCAGGUUCCUAAAUCCUAAUUCAACCAUGUACUAGUGUGCAACUUUGGGCAAAGUAUUAACCUGCCUUAUCUUCAUUUUUCUACCCUAUAAAAUGAUGAUUAUAAAGUACAUCAUGGACUAUUUUGUGGAAUGAAUUUGGGAGCAUAUAUAAACAUUCAGCCACGCAGCCCUUUUCCUCACAACCACCCAAACGUCAGACUCACCCUCAGCUCCCUCUCUCUGCCACCCUCCCUAGGACAGGUUGUGCCUGGUCUUGUUUGGCCAGUUGGAGAUUUCGGGACUCCACGUCUUGCCCUUUGUGUCAGCAGGUCCCAGUCCAGGCAGAAAACACACCGGUGUUUUGACAGAGCAUACGCUAGGAAUUGAAGGACUCACAAGGCACAAAGAGAACACGGACGUAUUGUGGAGGUAGUGAAUGCCAGAAGCAGCUUGCACCCCACUAGCUGGGGAACAGAGGGGAAAGGUUGGAAUUAUUAAGACUCGGUUGCUUGGAGUAGGGGACUGUGGAGGGGCUCUGCCCAGAAAGCACCAGCGCCUCUGGGCUGGUUCUGUGAGUGCUGGAAGGAGUGACCGUGAGGCUGGGGUGGCCCUGGCAGGAGAUGUCCUGAACUUUCCCCUCCAGCCUGCAGGCUCCCUCUUUCUGUCCAAGGCAGAUUUAGUGAGGGGGUCUCACAAAGCAGACUUGAUUUGCAGAGUCUCAUCCACAGCACAGAGCAGAGCGUGGGGGGAAGGUCUGUCCCUUUCCGAAGGCGGCUCAAUAAAUGCUCAGUAAGUGACUACAAACUAGGUGGGUAAAAGCAGCAGGAAUUUAUUUCUCUCACAGUUCUUUCUGGAGGACAGAAGUCUGACCUCGAGCUUUCAGCAGGGUUUGUUCCUCCGGGAGGCUCUGGGGGAGAAUUCGUCCCAACGCUUUCUCCUUUUUUCUGGUGGCUGCCAGCCAUCCUGGGGCUCCUUGGCUUGUAGACGCAUCACUCCAACCUCUACUCCAUUGCCACCUGGUCUGUUUCUACUAGGUGUGUUCUCUCUGUGUUCUCUCCUCCCUGUCCCUUGUAAGGUCAACUGUGACUGGACUUACAGCUCACCCUAAUCCAGAAUGACCUCAUCUCGAGAGUCUUACUUUAAUAUCUGCAAAGACCCUUUUUGCAAAUAAGGUCCAAUUAGCCAGAACCAGGGUUAGGGCAUUUUGAGAGGACACAGCUCAUCCCACUCCAGAGUGAGUGGAGCUCAGAGGCACUGUCUACAUGGCUGCACAUCUUUCUAUAGGGUGGUGCCCCUGCCUCAGAGCAGGAAGGAUGUGCAAAAAAGAGAUAAUCUACAAAUGUCUUGGAGAGGCAAGCCUCUCAUAGAAUGAAAAGUUUUUCAUGAGUGCUCCAGGAGUUCAUAGUGGGGAGUGCUAACUGGGACUAAGUGGGCAGGGAAUGCCGAAGCAGGGACGUGACCUUGUGGUUGGGUUUGAAGACAGGCUGGGGUUUUGUGGACAGAAGUGGAGAAGGAGGGACGGAGAGAAGAACUUGUCCCUGUUUCAUCUCCUGCUCCCACUUUCCUCAUCAGCAAAUCCAAAAUGUUACUAAAUUCUGCAAGUUACCCACUGUAGCCUCAGAGUGAUAAGUUUUUUCCUCUUUUUGGCUUACUAAAGUAAUAUUUAUGUAUAAUAACAUUCACCAAUUUUAAGUGUACCAUUUGAAGGAUUUGGUAAUUGUAUACAAUCAUGACUCACACCGUAAUCGAGAGAUAGAACAUUUCCUCACCAAAUAUUCCUUUGAACGUCUCCCCACCUCUGACCCCAAGCAACCACUGACCUUCUCUCUGUCACUGUAGUUUAACCUAAUCUAGCAUUUAAUACAAAUAAAACAUGGUCUUUCCUUCUUGGCUUUCUUCCCUUAGCAUAACACUUUUGAGACUCAUCCAUGUUAUUACCUGAUAUUUGUUCCUUUUUAUUGUUGAGUAGUAUUCCAUAUGUAAUUUACCUACCGACUGAUGGACAUUUGAGUUGGCUAUUACGAAUAAUGCUGCACAAACUGAGGCUUUCAUUUCUCUAGGGUAAAUACCUAGGUGUGGAAUUGCAAGGUGAUGGGGUAAGCUUAGGUUUAACUUGGUAAGGAACUUCCACAGCCUUUUCUAGAAUGACUACACCAUUUUGCAUUCCUACCAAUAAAGUAUGAGAGUUCCAGUUGCUUUAUAUGCUUGCCCACAUUUGGUGUGGUCAAUACUAAAUUUGCUUUUUAAUUUUAGCCAUUCUCAUGGACGUGUAUAGUAAGUUUAAUUUUGCCUUUCUCUGAUGACAAGUGAUAUUGAGCAUCUUUUCAUGUAUUUAUUGUCCAUUCAUGUAUCUUCUUUUGUGAAGUCUCUGUUUGAAUCUUUUGUCCAUUUGUUUAAUUUGGAUGGUUUCUCUUCGUAUUACUGAAUUGUAUAUUGUGGAUACGAGCCAUUUGUUGAAUAUGUGUUUCACAGAAAUUUUCUCCCAGUCCGUGGCUUCUCAUUUUAUUUUCUUAACUAAAUACUUAAAAGGGCAAAAAUCCAUUGUUUUUCAUUUAUUCUGUUUUGAUCUGUGUUUCUGAGGUCCUGUUUAAAAAAUUGUCACCUCAUCCAAUAUCAGAAAGAUUUUCUCUGAUGUUUUCUUAUAGGAGUUUAAUACUUUUAGAUCUUACAUUUAAGUCUGAUUCAUUUUGAGUUGAUUUUUUGUGUAUAGCAUAAAGUAAAAGCUGAAGUCCGUUUUUUAAUACAGAUAUCCUGUUCUUCCAGAACCAUUCGUAGAAAACUCUUUUCUCCUUUGAGUUAGAAGGUGGUAUUUUAAGCUUAUCCACCCGAUGGCUUUCUUGUCUCCCGCAGUCUCCGCCCCACAGGGUCCCCUCCCAGCCGGCUUCGCCCAGGUUCCCACCUCACUUUUGUGCAGCGUCUGCUUGAGCCAUAGGAAUUUCUCCUUCCCACCCCAGCUGGGUGGGAUAGUAGCGCAUUUGUUAACCAUUGAUUUUAAUUUUAAAAAUAAAUAAGUUAAGUAGAUAAAAUUUUAAGUGUACCCUUGGGUUUACUAUUUCUGACAGAUUUCUUGAUGUCCUAGAGAUUUGUGUGAGUAGAAGUAACACUACUCACUUUUUUGUCUAUAGACUAAUGUAUUAAUAAUGUGAAUUUAUUAAACAAUCAUUAUUUUUAAAACGCUAAACACUCAGUGUUCCCCUAAAUACUCACAGACCACUGCACAAUGAUCAAAUCAAAACUUUUCAAUUUUACAAAAUAUAGUUCCAAAUUUUUAACGCUGGUUAUAAACUCAAAUCAAAAUUUCUAAAAUCUAAUUAAUCACAUAAUCUACUGUACUAUUUAAAAUUUUAAAACUGCUAACAAACCUCCAAAACACUACCAAUAAAUAUUACAGUGGUUUAAGAACAGAUCAGCUAGCGCGGGACCGUGCGGGGCGGGUGACCAGUGGAGAGGGCGGCCGGCGGCUCCAGCCCGGGUUCCCCUGCCCGCGCCCACAGGGAUGUCAUGAGUGAAGGGAUUUCAACAAGGGUUCAAAAUGCGGUAAGCUGUUGAGUCACUGCAGUGCCCUCAAAGGGCAGAAAUUGCAGCCUUUUUUAUAUUGCCUGCCACAUUUUCUAGUCUUAGAAGAAAGUGUGCCGUAAGAGAAAAAUUAACAAGGAAAUUUUGGAAAGUAAUUCAAAGAACAAAACUGCAACACUAUUUUUUAAGAAAAUAAGUAUCUGAGCCACAAUUACUGAACUUUUGUUUUACACCUUAAAAAAAAAAAUGUUUCAGAACAAGGUACAUGCAUUAUGAGUCACAUUACUGGACAAGCUGUUCAAGUAUUUUUUUUAAAACUUCCCUGUAUAGAAAAAAAAUCGUUAAGGAUGUAAAAGCCAUGCUUGCCUAUUUGCUGUACACAUGUAAUGAAAUUGUAGAUAAAGUAGUGCAUUGAAACAAAUGAGCAAAAAGCACAUACUUCUACUAUACGAGGUGCUGGUGCAGAAAAAAAUAUAUGUAUUUUUGGAAAUGUACCAUUUUGUACUUUCAAGUGUUAUAUUUAAAAGAAAACAAAAAACAAAGAAACCCUUUAUUUCAUUAAAUGAUUGGUUCUGGUGGUUGUUAAGAAACAAAAGACCAAAAGAGGUUUUUGUCUUUCUUUUUUAUUUUUUAAGUAUUGGAGUAAGUCUAAAGAAAAGAAAGUGCUUUAUUUUCCUUCAUAGUCAUUUACUCAAGUGUCCCUAAGAUCAGUUCCUGCCUCAGAAUUCAAGUUAAUGCAUGCUGCUCUGUUGCCUCAUAUGUGAAAAGAAAAUAGGAGGGGAGACAAACGAGUUGAUGGUUUGAAUCAUGAUUUUUGCCAUGUUACCUUGACGCAAAUUUGCCAAAUCUCAUCCUGUGAAGUAAUUUGAUAACUUUUCUAA